GAUUAACACGUUAUUGAACGAUGAGAAAAUACUCACUGAGAGACCUCAACCGUUAACAGAUUAAUGCUUAGAAGACCCCAGAGACCAGUAAGAAAGGUUCUUGACAUCUAGUAGAAAACUAACUUGUACAAGGAAUACACAAUGUCAAGCAACGUUUCACAAUGUAAUAUCCAUACAGAAAUGGAACCUUUUACCUAUUUUUACUACUUGAUUUUUCUUAUGGGAUUUAUUGGAAGCUGUUUUGCACUAUGGGCAUUCACACAAAAAGAUCAGAAACAGAAGUGUAUGAGCAUCUACCUAAUUAACCUCUUAACAGCAGACUUUUUGUUGACUUUGGCAUUGCCAUUUAAAAUAAUUGUUGACCUAGGAGUUGCACCCUGGAAACUGAGAAUAUUCCACUGCCAAGUUACAGCCUGUUUCAUCUACCUGAAUAUGUAUUUAUCAAUUGUGUUUUUGGGAUUUGUGAGUAUGGAUCGCUGCCUUCAGCUAAAGCACACCUACAAGAUUUAUCGUAUUCAAGAGCCUGGAUUUGCCAAGAUGCUGUCUGCUGUCGUAUGGACGAUGGUUCUCCUGAUAACGGUGCCUAAUAUGGCCAUUCCAAUCAAAGACAUUGAAGAAGGAUCUAAUGUGGGAUGCAUUGAUUUCAAAACAAAAUUUGGAAGAGACUGGCAUGUGUUUACAAAUUUCAUUUGUACGGCAAUAUUCCUUAAUUUUUCAGCUGUGAUACUGGUUUCCAAUUUCCUUGUUGUUAGGCAACUCUACCAAAACAAGUAUAGUGAAAGCUAUGCAAAUGUAAGGAAAGCCCUAAUCAAUAUACUGCUGGUAACUGCAGGCUACCUAAUGUGUUUUGUCCCAUACCACAUUGUUCGUAUUCCCUACACUUUGAGUCAGAGCGAUACAAUAACCAACUGCUAUCUGAAACAAACUCUCUUUAAAGCAAAAGAAUCUACCUUGCUGUUUGCAGUAUCAAACCUCUGCUUUGAUCCUAUUCUGUAUUAUUAUCUUUCCAAGUCAUUCAGAUUGAAGAUUAGCAAGACUUUUGCAGCACCUAAAGGGGCAAAGGUUUUCCCAGGUGAAGAGGCAAAGACCAUCAUAGCAGAAGAGGCACAUUGCAGACCAGACCAGUAG